GCUCGGCCCGGGCUUCCGCGACAGAGGAAAUGGCUUCCAGCCCGCUGCCGGGGCCCAACGACAUCCUGCUGGCAUCGCCGUCAAGCGCCUUCCAGCCCGACGCGCUGAGCCAGCCGCGGCCAGGCCACGCCAGCCUCAAACCCAACCAGGUGGGCCAGGUGAUCCUCUAUGGCAUUCCCAUCGUAUCUUUGGUGAUCGACGGGCAGGAGCGCUUGUGCCUGGCGCAGAUCUCCAACACUCUCCUCAAGAACUUCAGCUACAACGAGAUCCACAACCGCCGUGUGGCGCUGGGCAUCACGUGCGUGCAGUGCACGCCAGUGCAACUGGAGAUCCUGCGGCGCGCCGGGGCCAUGCCCAUCUCAUCGCGCCGCUGCGGCAUGAUCACUAAGCGUGAGGCCGAGCGCUUGUGCAAGUCAUUCCUUGGUGAAAACAGACCGCCCAAGCUCCCCGACAACUUCGCCUUCGACGUGUCACACGAGUGCGCCUGGGGCUGCCGCGGCAGCUUCAUCCCCGCGCGCUAUAACAGCUCCCGCGCCAAGUGCAUCAAAUGCAGCUACUGUAAUAUGUACUUCUCGCCCAACAAGUUCAUCUUCCACUCCCACCGUACGCCUGACGCCAAGUACACACAGCCAGACGCAGCCAACUUCAACUCGUGGCGCCGUCAUCUUAAGCUUACUGACAAAAGCCCCCAGGACGAGCUAGUCUUCGCCUGGGAGGAUGUCAAGGCCAUGUUCAAUGGCGGUAGUCGCAAACGCGCGCUGCCCCAACCGGGCGCGCACCCCGCCUGCCACCCGCUCAGCUCCGUCAAGGCGGCCGCGGUGGCAGCGGCAGCUGCGGUAGCCGGAGGCGGGGGACUGCUGGGCCCGCAUCUGCUGGGGGCGCCCCCGCCGCCGCCGCCGCCGCCACCUCUGGCGGAGCUUGCGGGCGCGCCGCACGCCCAUCACAAGCGGCCGCGCUUCGACGACGACGACGACUCGCUGCAGGAGGCGGCCGUAGUGGCCGCCGCCAGUCUUUCCGCCGCCGCCGCUAGCCUCUCGGUGGCCGCCGCUUCGGGCGGCGCCGGAGCGGGCGGGGGCGGCAGC